AAUGAUAUCGUUAAAAUCAAAUGGUGAGAUCCUAUCGAAACAUAAAGUAAAACAAAAAGAAGCUUUUGCUAAUCUCUAUCGGACGUCCCUGAGCUUUAAAAUGUUUCUGAGUCACGCGCCUGCGGAAUUCCUGAUUGCAAACACUAACACGUAACUUGUGUAUCUCGAUGAAGAAGGUUCAGUCCUGACCUGGUUGUCGACCAGGUCGGACUUUCUUACUCUCUUCGUUUAUUUUUAUUCUGAAAGUGAAUGACGGAUAAAAAAUAUUUAUCUCUUUCGAUUUCUAUUAAGAUUUUUCGUAUAACAGUUAUGCCAUUCGUGUUCGAAAUAAUGUUAUUGUGUUAUUAUACGUUCAACAGGUGUUCCAGGCUGUAACAACGACGAUCUUGUUGAGGUGGUUCUUCGUAGGGAUGAAGCGAAACUCUUGAAAAUCAACAAAACGUGACCGAGCAGAAUAUUUCGCCGGUUAACAGGUGCGCUACAUGAAUGCCAUCAACGAUGCACCGCCGAGUUUCUGGAAAUUCGGUGAAGAAAAAACAGAAAUAAAACAUACGGAAAACAUUGAUCAUUUUCCUGUCGUAAAGCUUGACAACGAGUCAGACAUUCAUCAUGACGAUAAAAAAGAUAAGGAAAAACCCACAGACUCCCCUUGUGAAGUUUUGCAGUCAGAACUGUCGACGGAAUUAUCACCAACACUUCAAGAAAGAUUUGUACGUAUUAAACAAAAAGUAAAAGAUGCUAUUAAUGCUCAUCACACCUUUAUGAUAUACGGGAGAGCAAAAGUGAUUCGUGAAACUUUGCUGAAGAGAGGAUGGUGCGAAAAAUUGUUCAGAAGAAAUUCCAAUGUCGAACAAUAUCUAAACGUCGAGUCUAAUCCAGUAAUAUUAUUGAGGGGUAUGGGCGACUUAAAAGAUCAACAAAACGAACGACAAUUAAUAUCGAGAAUGCUGAGUAACCACACCGUCGAUUUUCUAUGGAAUACAGGAUCGGAAUGGCCUGGUUGGCCUUCCCAAGAAAAUAAAACCACGGUGUUCAAUAGGUACUAUCGCGCUGGUUUUACUUCUAAGAUCGGUCUAUGUUCAAACGUCAGACAGAUGCAUUGGUAUUACGAAGCUGGUGUAGCUAACACCUUAUUUCCACGUUGCUAUAAUUUAUGUCAGGGUGAUCAGAUGCACGCAUUUAUUGAAGAUUUUCGAUUUACCGCUUGCCUCAGUCUCUUGAAGUGGUUGGUAGACAAAAUCGAUACCGAAGGUGAGAAUGCAACGCGAUCACCAACAGGUACGAUACCGUUGAAAGCUCUUGACUUUGCAAUCAAAAGAUGCAGCGAUUAUAUCAGCGCACAAUCGCACGAAGACAUCGAUCGGGAAACUGAAAAGAUUUGGUCUCAUCAAUGGGAUCAAUUUAUUGCAUGGUAUUACAAGAUUGUUCAAGACGAUGCUCUUUUCAUUCGCAAUAAUGUACCUUUUCACAAAUAUUUUCUGGCGGCACGGCAUUUGUUGAAAAAAAUUAAAAAGUAUUGGCCACAGAUAGACAUGGACGGUAUUAUGAAUGUGUGGAUUUUAAAACCGGGAAAUAAAAGUCGUGGUCGUGGGAUCGUAUUGAUGAACAAACUGGACCAUGUUAUUGCAAAAGUUAAUCCUUCGACCAAAGCAGAUGCACGUUACGUCGUUCAAAAAUAUAUUGAACGACCACUUCUCAUCUAUAGUACAAAAUUUGAUAUAAGACAAUGGUUCAUCGUGACGUGUGCCCAACCCUUAACGCUAUGGAUGUUUAAGGAAAGUUAUCUACGAUUUUGUUCGCAAAAAUUCUGCUUAACGGAUUUUCACGAAUCGAUUCAUCUCUGCAAUCACGCGGUUCAAUGCAAAUAUAAAAAUUGCGUUGAUAGAGAUCCAGCACUUCCGGUAGAUAACAUGUGGGAUGCUACCACUUUCAAAGAAUAUCUUAAAUCUCUUGGUCAUGGGAAUGCUUGGGACGAGCAAAUUUAUCCUGGCAUGAAACAAGGAUUAGUUGGAUCACUUUUGGCUAGCCAAGAAGCUAUGGAUCGUAGAAAAAAUAGUUUCGAAUUAUACGGUGCUGAUUUUAUGGUUAUGGAUGAUUUUUCAGUAUGGCUUAUCGAAAUUAACAGUCAUCCGGAUAUGAGUUAUUCCAGUAGCGUGACUACGCGUUUAUGCAGACAAGUUAUGGAAGAUACUAUCAAAGUGGUUGUCGAUUAUAAAGAAAAUAAGAACGCCGAUACAGGACAAUUCGAAUUAGCAUACAAACAACGAAUGCCAAGUUGUCAACCCUAUUUAGGAGCUGCAUUAUCUCUUCAAGGUACUCGUAUUCCUACGAGUGAAAAAAAAUCUAAUUGGAAUUUGCACGAUUCGAAAACGAGUCUUACAUCAAAAACUCCUGUGAUUCCUCUGGCUAAGAAAAAAUCCGUCGUACAUAGUCAGAUCGGUCCGGUGAUCGUCGAUUUGAUCGAGGAAUUAGAAAUUCAAUUAGAUCAAGAAUUUUAUUCUUAUUAUAAAAACGAAUCUCCUAAACACAGACAAGCAUUACCAGCAACGGCACCAGUUAUUCCAAUAACUUCGAAAUCAUCGGUGCCGCUUGAAAAACCAGACAGAAUGUCGAAAAGUACGUCUGCUGGGACAGUUCGUACUCGUGCGUGUACGAAACAAUCUCGUUUUGAUCAGAAUCACUCUAAGAUAACUUACAAGGAAAAAUCAUCAAAUCAAAAAAUGACGAAGAAAAUACGUGGCAGUCCUAUCAUGACGAAUGCUAACCACGAAGUGUCAUCACCGAAACAGACUUUACUUUCGAAAAUCAUGGCUUUGCAGCAGCAAUCAUCUUACGUUGUACCGAAAGGAAACAAAUCAUUAAAAAGAAACGAAGAGAAGAUCAUCCACACAGCAGUACGUGAUGCUAUGAAAAAAUAUAAGAGAACUGCAAACAUUCCAGUUAAUGUACCACCUUUACCGUCUUUACUUACACCACGUAAUAAAGUCGUUCAAAUACCAACGACGAAACAUAAAAGCCGAACCAAUUCAAAAAAGACGAAUGAAAAAAGAAACAAAGUUCUGACAGAUGUUCCAGAUAUGUUUGCUCUUGGUCUUAAUUUAAUGAAUAAAUAAUUAAAUGAAAAGAAAAAAAAAACUGAAAAGAAAAGAAAAUAAGAAACGGAUCAUUGCCAUUCGCACUCGUUAUGUAGCAUUAUAUGUUGACCCAAUUUCAAAUUCUAUCUCCGAUCAAUGUAAGAUGUCAAUAAAAUGUUACAAU